UUCCGCUUUCCAUAUUAUACCAACGUUGAAGCAACUACAAGCAAAACUCUUUGCUGCCAAGGCUGAAAUAGCUCGAUUCCAGCAGCAAAACCCUUAUCUCCGUGAGCGUCUAGCUCAGUUUUCCCUCUGCCGCUGAAGAGUAAAAGCAGCGAAAAGCUUUUAAGUUGUGGAGUAAUUACAACAAUAGUGGUUGCAGACAUGUAUGAAGUUUAAUGCCUUCUUCCAACAUUGCCUUCUGUCGAGAAUGUAAUGUCAGUCUUUACAAGAAUCUCACUGCUGCAUUUCCUACUGCACACAAGACUUACAUAAGUGCUUCUACUUAUUCUCUCCGUGAUGUUUACGAUGGCCGUGUAUGGAAUGAAUUCAAGCUCAACGUUGGUGAUGCUCUUUCUUUCGUGAAGGAGUCAGUUUACAAUCUCAUGUUGACUACGAAUGUUGACCGGUUCCAACCAUACAAAGGUACGCAGUGUCCCGUUGGCAUCAUGUGUUUGACAAUUCAAAACAUUCCUCGUGAAGCGCAAAAUUUGAGGAACAAUAUCAUCCUGGUCGAGUCUAUUCAAAAGAAUAGAAAUAAAAUUGAUGGGUAUCGUGAACCGUUUGGUAAUCACAAGGAUGGGAUCCAUACGACGUCGGUUCCUCCUUCACUCAAAACUAUACAUCCUGAUGUUUGGCCUGUGUCUUUGACACGUAAUGAUGGACCUAAGCUUGUCAUCGGAACCCAAGCGUCGAAUGCAUUGGUCAUGUCAAGCAUUCUUUUGGACCAUAAACUGCUUCCACCUGUUGGUAGUAUCACGAUCAACUUUAAUCUGAUAUACAAGGAAAUUCUGACACUUGAAGGACAGUAG